UGACGGUCUCCAUUGACUGCGGAUCAGGAUCAGUUAAGAGGAUGAGUAGGACUCUGCUGUGGCUGGUGGCCUCUGUGGCCUUGGCCUCCCUGACUUCUCUGGCUGAUGGAGCUCCAUUGAAGGUGUUGUCUGCUUCCAACUUGUUGCGUGUAGGUACAGCCGAAAAUAUCUUUGUGGAGUGUCAAGACUGCACUGGAGCAGACAUCAAUGUUGAAAUCAGCGUGAUGAACCAUCCAACCAAAAACCAAAGGCUGGCAACUACAUCUGUGACACUUAGUGAUGCAAAUAACUUCCAGCAGCUUGGACAAAUAACGAUCCCUGCUGGAAACUUCAGUAAGGAUGCCAGCAUGAAGCAGUUCGUGUACCUGCAAGCUCAGUUUCCUGACCGACUGCUGGAGAAAGUGGUCUUAGUGUCCUUUCAGUCCGGGUACAUCUUCAUACAGACUGAUAAGACCCUCUACACCCCCAACAGCAGAGUUCUUUACAGGAUGUUUGCAGUGACGCCUCGUAUGAAGCCAGUAGAGAGGGAUGAUGCAACCCAAACUGAUGCUGCUAUUUCCAUCGAGAUUGUGACCCCUGAAGGCACCAUUUUACCAAUUCAUUCAGUCCCUUUGAGAUCAGGGAUCCACUCUGGAGAUUACCAACUUGCUGAAAUUGUCAGUCCAGGACUGUGGAAGGUGGUGACAAAGUUCCACAGCAACCCACAGCAGAGCUAUUCUGCAGAGUUCGAGGUCAAAGAAUACGUGCUGCCCAGUUUUGAGGUUAAACUGACAUCUAUGAGUUCCUUCUUCUACGUGGACAGUGAAGAGCUCACCGUCGACAUCAAAGCUGUAUAUCUGUUUGGUCAAGAGGUGGAUGGGACCGCCUAUGCGGUAUUUGGGGUUAUGCAAGACGGUCAAAAGAAAAGCUUCCCAAGUUCUCUUCAGAGAGUACAGGUUGAGAAAGGUAAUGGAGUGGUCACACUGAAGAAAGAGCACAUCACAUGGACUUUCCCAAACAUUGCUGAACUGGUGGGGACUUCCAUAUUUCUGGCCGUCAGCGUGAUGACGGAGAGCGGUAGUGAAAUGGUGGAGGCAGAGUUGAGAAGCAUCCUGAUUGUCAAAUCACCUUACACCAUCCACUUCAAGAAAACACCCAAAUAUUUCAAACCAGGAAUGCCCUUCGAUGUUGUGGUUGAAGUUGUAAAUCAUGACAGCAGUCCGGCUCGAGGCUUGAGUGUGGUGGUGGAUCCAGGCCAAGUGCAGGGCGUGACCGCAUCCAAUGGCAUAGCAAAGCUUUCCAUCAAUACAGGGGCAAGGAACCCACGCUUUACAAUAACUGCAAGGACCAACGAUCCUGCUAUUGGCUCUGAAAGACAAGCAUCAGCCUCCAUGGUAGCUUUCCCAUAUACAACACCGAGCAAUAACUACAUCAACAUAGGUGCGGAUACCGCGGAGCUGAAAUUAGGAGACAACCUGAAAAUCUACCUCAUGCUCAACCGGCAGGAAAACCAUGACACUGACAUCACAUACCUGAUCUUGAGCAAAGGUCAGCUGGUGAACAAUGGCCGUUACAGGACAAGAGGUCAAGUUGUGAUUUCCCUGAUAGUUCCUGUUACCAAAGAAAUGCUGCCAUCGUUCCGCAUCAUAGCCUACUACCAUACCAACGGCAAUGAAGUGGUAUCAGACUCUGUUAGGGUGGAUGUCAAGGACUCCUGCAUGGGCUCGCUGAGGCUUGAAUCGUCAACAGCCACACCUUCCUAUGAGCCCCGCAAGAGGUUUGCUCUGAAGGUCACAGGAGAUCCAGAUGCCACAGUGGGACUGUUGGCAGUUGACAAAGGCGUUUACGUCCAAAACAACAAGCACCGUCUCACCCAGAAAAAGGUGUGGGACAUUGUAGAGAAGUACGACACAGGCUGCACACCAGGUGGAGGGAGGGACGGUAUGCAUGUGUUUUACGAUGCUGGGCUGAUGUUUCAGUCCAACGCGGGUUCUGGGACACCCUACAGAACAGAAUUGAAAUGUCCGGCCCCCAGUAGGAGGAAACGAGCCACUACGAUCAUGAACGUCACAACCAGUUUAAGUGAGGUGGAUGACAACAGUUACAUGGACAGCUAUGAAAUAAUUUCUCGCACCAAAUUCUCUGAGAGUUGGCUGUGGUUAGACAUCAAACUGCCUGCUUGUCCUCGACAAACACCUAACUGUGACACCACAUCAUUGACGAGAAAUGUUAUUUUGCACGACUCAAUCACAACCUGGCAGUUCACUGGCAUUAGUCUGUCACAAACUCACGGAAUCUGUGUUGGCGAUCCCUUAGAGGUACUUGUCCGGAAGGAAUUCUUCGUUGAUCUUAAGCUGCCGUACUCUGCUGUCCGUGGAGAGCAGCUGGAAGUUAAGGCAAUCCUCCAUAACUACAGCCCCGAUCUUGCCACCGUGCGUGUGGAUCUGAUUGAGGAGGAGGAUGUGUGCAGUGCAGCCUCUAAACGUGGAAAGUAUCGUCAGGAGGUCAGAAUUGGGCCCCAAACUACACGCUCUGUGCCAUUCGUUGUUAUUCCCAUGAAAAUAGGACAAUACAGCAUUGAGGUCAAAGCAGCUGUUAAAGAUUCAUUGCUCCAUGAUGGAAUCAGGAAGAUGCUGUGGGUGGUGCCUGAAGGUGUACUGGUUAAAUCUUCUCAGAUUAUAACUCUAGACCCCUCUACUAAAGGUGUAGAUGGUAAACAAGAAGAAACUCUCAACAGUGGAAUUCCUAACAAAGAUUUGGUUCGAGACACACCUACUAGCAUACAUAUCUCUGUGACAGGGAGAGAACAAGUUUCUGCACUGGUGGAGAACCCCGUUAGCGGAAACUCUAUGGGUAGUCUGAUCAGACAACCCUCAGGCCCUGGAGAAACGAACAUGAUCCACAUGACUCUACCUGUCAUUGCAACAACUUAUUUGGACAAAACCAACCAGUGGGAAAGUGUGGGCUUAGAGAAACGUAGCGAAGCCCUCCAACACAUCAAGACUGGCUACCUGAACGAGCUUGCUUAUCGUAAAGAUGAUGGGUCUUUUGCUAUGUGGCCCAGCCACAAAAGUAGCACCUGGCUGACAGCCUAUGUUGCCAAGGUGUUUGCCAUGGCCAACAGUCUGGUGGAAGUGCAAAGCAAAGACAUCUGUGACGCUAUUAAGUAUCUGAUUCUCAACACGCAGCAACCUGACGGCUUUUUUAGAGAAGUUGGAAAGCUGUUCCUCAUAGAGAUGAUUGGUGAUGUUUGCGGCACAGAUUCAGAUGCCUCCAUGACGGCCUUCUGUCUCAUUGCCAUGCAGGAGUCACGCACACUAUGUGCUGCCACUGUUAAUACUCUGCAAGGCAGUAUAGACAAAGCAGUGGUCUCUCUGGAAAGCCGUCUGCCCAGCCUCACCAACCCAUAUGCUGUCGCCAUGACGUCAUAUGCCCUGGCAAAUGAAGACAAACUGAACCGGGAGAUCCUCUACAAGUUUGUUUCCUCAGACUUAUCUCACUGGCCGACACCUAGGGGACGUGUUUACACUCUGGAGGCCACAGCUUAUGCUCUUCUUGCUCUGGUCAAGGCCAAGGCCUUUGAAGAAGCCAGACCUGUUGUGAGAUGGUUCAACAAGCAGCAGAAGGUGGGCGGAGGCUAUGGAUCGACCCAGGCUACCAUAAUAGUGUACCAGGCAAUAGCAGAGUACUGGGCCAAUGCUAAAAAAACAGAGUAUGAUCUGAAUGUGAAGAUCAUGUUGUCGGGCAGGUCAAGGCCUUACGUGUACAACUUCAACAGGGACAACCACUACACCACCAGAAUAGCUAGAAUCAAUGACAUAAACCAGAAUGUGACAGUGACUGCCACCGGCUCAGGAGAAGCAACGUUGACAAUGGUGUCGCUGUAUUACACUCUGCCAAAAGAAAAGGAGAGUGACUGUGAGAAGUUUAACAUGUCUGUGCAGCUCCUCCCAGAGAGCAUGGAUGAGGAUGAGAAGAUAUACAAGCUGAGAAUUGAGGUUUUGUAUAAGGACAAGGACAGCGAUGCAUCCAUGUCAAUCUUGGUUAUUGGCUUGCUAACUGGCUUCACUGUUAACACAAAUGACCUGGACCAAUUGUCCCGAGGACGUGCUCCCACCAUUGCGAAAUAUGAGAUGAACACAGUCCUGUCAGAAAGAGGCUCACUCAUCAUCUACCUGGACAAGGUUUCUCACUUACGACCCGAGGAGAUCACUUUUAGGGUCCAUCAGAAGCUGAAAGUGGGCAUCCUUCAACCAGCUCCUGUGUCUGUUUACGAAUACUAUGACCAAACACGUUGUGUGAAAUUCUACCAUCCAGAGAGGAAAGCUGGAAUGUUAAUGCGUCUCUGUAUAAAUGAUGAAUGCACAUGUGCUGAAGAGAACUGCAGUAUGCAGAAGAAUAACAAAGUCAGCAAUGAUCAGCGCACGGCUACAGUCUGUGAGACUGAAUUGAACAAUAAAGUAGAUUUUGUGUACAAAGUGGGACUGGAAGAGUUUAGAGAAGGUUUGUCCACUGAUAUUUACAAAGUGCGGGUACUGCAAGUCAUCAAAGAAGGAAGCAAGGAUGUGCGUCCUCUGAAUGAACUGCGCACAUUGCUCAGUUAUCCAUACUGCAGGGAGCCGUUGGAUCUGAGAACAGGCAAAAACUACCUUAUCAUGGGCACAUCCAAAGAUAUUCACAGAUAUGACCAAGACCAAUCGUAUCAGUAUAUGCUCGGAGAGAGAACCUGGAUUGAGAAUUGGCCCACCAACGCAGAGUGUCAAACUGACGAACACAGACCUACCUGUUUGGGCAUGGCGGAUAUGAUCCAGCAGUACCUAGUCUUUGGAUGUCGCGACUAAACAAAAAUACAGUGUUCUUUUCAGAUUUUGGAUUUUCAUCCUUAAUAUGUAAAACUUUCCCUGCUAUGGGAUAUAAGGGCCUACAAUAUUGCACUGUAUUGAUUAAAAGUG